AAAGUUAAGUUGCCAACAAUUCCAUUAAAAGAAGAGAUUAACAAGGGCACAAUAAGCUUUACCGCGCGUUAAACUCAAUUUAAAUUCCCUCUACCUCUGUAAAUCCUCUCUCUCUCUCUCUCCCUCUCUGCGACCCCGAAUCUCAGAUCCGAAUCACCAUUUUGAAUUUCUUAACCCGCCAAGUGAAUGUCUCUCUCUCUCCUCUCUCUCUCUCACUAGAUUUUAGGUUUUGGUUCAGAUCAAUCUUCGAAGCUGGUUGAAGAAUGUCGUCGCUAAUCCCUCGUGAAUCUGAAACCAAAAAUCCAUACAACCGCAAAGAAAAAUCUCUUGGCGUCUUAUGCUCCAAUUUUUUGAAGCUGUAUGAUCGAGACGGCGUCGACUCGAUUGAAUUGGAUGAUGCCUCAAGUCGAUUAGGCGUUGAGCGGAGGCGAAUUUACGAUAUUGUUAACAUACUAGAAAGUGUUGGAGUUUUAUCAAGGAAAGCAAAGAAUCAGUAUUUUUGGAAAGGUUUUGGCGCAAUUCCGCAGGCCUUAUAUGAGAUCAAGGCUGCAAAUGAAAAUGAAGAUGGAGGAGACUCUAAUUCCAAAAUUGAUACGCAAGAAAAAACUCUUGCAUCAUUGAAAGCUGAGAACAGGAAAGAGAAAUCUCUGGGGCUUCUUGCGCGGAAUUUUAUCAGGCUUUUCCUUUGCUCUGAUAUGGAUUUGAUAUCCCUUGAUAACGCAGCGACAGAAUUGCUGGGUGAUAUCCAUGAUCCAACAGCUAUGAGAAAUAAUUCUGCAGCAAAAGCCAGACGCCUGUAUGACAUUGCAAAUGUGUUGGCUUCCAUGAACCUCAUCGAAAAGACCCAUCACCCAAAAAGCGGGAAACCAGCAUAUAAGUGGUUGAAGAUGGAAGCAAGUUUCAAGAAUGCAUCGGCUACUGAUUUGGAUUUGAACGAGUCUAAAAGGAGAGUGUUCGGGAUUGAUAUCACAAAUACUAGUUCAAAGAGAUAUAAGGGGGAUUCUUCAGUUGAUUGGAAUUCAAACCAGAAGGCAAAUUUGCCAAUGCAUAUGAAACAUAACAACUUGAAAGAUGAGUAUGGAAGGGACUCAUUGGAGCAGAAUUUGAAUCACAGCUCCAAGGAUUUUGUUUUUGGCCCUUUUACUCCUGCCAACAUCCAAGUGGAAGAUUCUAGAAACAAGAAUAUAAGGCGGGUUCAAGACUGGGAGAACCUGGCUUCUUCUUAUCGUCCUCAGUAUUGCAACCGAGCAAUUAAAUGACAGAAGAUGGGUUUUGUUAAUGGUGUGGCAGCUCUACAUGACCUUUUUGCUCAUUAUACCGAUGCCUGGAAGUCGUGGCAUGUUGGAGCUACAGGAAAGAAACACAUACAACAGCUCUCCUGAUGCCCUCUCACACUUCAUAGAACAUGCUCAAGAAGGAAAUACCAUUCACCCCCUCUCAGUUCUUUUUUAACUCUCCUUGGCAAUGAAUAUUUGUCUCUUUUUGUUGGAUGUAUUUUCUUGAUGCACCAAUAAAAAGUCAUCAUUCAGUUCUAUGAUAAUGUUUUGGCAUCACAAUGCUGAUUUUUUUUAUAUUUUGUCAUGGUGUUUAGAUUCUA